UCUGCUAAAAUAUAAAUUAUUUACUUGUACAAUAUAUUACACGUUAACAUUUACAUGCAAAUUGAGACACAAUGUAUUUAAAACUAAUUUUCUUUUUGUGUGUAAACGUCAUAUUAGUUUUUGGCCACAAGGGAAAUCGAAAUAUUGUAUUUCCGGAUUCGUUUAAGUUUGGUGCUGCCACAUCAUCUUAUCAAAUUGAAGGUGCUUGGAAUGUAUCAGGAAAAUCAGAAAGUGUUUGGGAUUAUUAUGCGCAUACAUUUCCUGAAUGGAUUAAGGAUGGUUCCAAUGGAGACAUCGCAUGUGACUCUUACAAUCAAAUCGAUGUAGACAUUGCGAAUCUUAAAUUGUUAAACGUAAAUUUUUAUCGUUUCUCUCUUAACUGGCCUCGCAUCCUACCUUCGGCUAGAAUCAGCGAUCUAAAUCCUGAUGGUCUACGUUAUUAUAACGAACUUAUUAACAAAUUGAUUGAUAAUGGAAUAGAACCAAUGAUAACACUAUAUCAUUGGGAGUUACCUCAGAGUAUCCAAGACCUUGGUGGUUGGUCUAAUCGUCUCGUAGUUGAUUAUUUCGUACAUUUUGCUCGAGUGGCUUUCGAAGAAUUUGGAGAUAGAGUAAAGACAUGGAUUACUAUUAAUGAACCUUUCUCUAUAUGUUCUAUGUCAUAUGAAGAACAAUUUCUUGCGCCUUUUAUUCAUUCCGAAGGUGUUGGCACUUAUCAAUGCGGACAUAAUCUUCUUCUUGCUCAUGCGGCUGCCUAUCAUUUAUAUCAAGACGAAUUUCGUGCUCGACAAGGUGGAGAAGUUGGUUUUACAAUGGAAAACCCAUGGCACGUACCUUUGGAUCCUAACAACCCUGAUGAUAUAAUUGCUGCUGAAAGGGCUACAAAUUUUCAUUUUGAUUGGUUUGCUAAUCCAAUCUAUUCAAAAGAUGGCGAUUACCCACCUUCCAUGCGAACUCGAAUAGACAACUAUAGCUCACUCCAGGGUUAUGCUCACUCACGUUUACCAACAUUUACCCCUGAAGAAGUAGAUUAUAUCCGAGGAACUGCCGAUUUUCUAGGUCUCAAUCAUUAUACUUCUCAUUUGUCUACUCUAAGUGAGAAUCAAACACCAGAUGAUAAUCCAAGUUAUGACAAUGACCUAGGCGUAGUGUUAACUGCAGAUCCUGCUUGGAAUCAAACAGCAAGAGAUACUUUUACAGUAUAUCCUCAUGGACUACGACUUUUGUUAAAUUAUAUAAAAGAGACUUAUGACAAUCCAAAGGUUUAUAUUACAGAAAAUGGUUAUGCCGGUUUUCAGAAUGAAACACUUAAUGAUCAAGAAAGAAUUUGGUAUUAUCAAGGUUAUCUAACCUCAGUUUUGGAAGCCAUUGAAAUUGAUGAAUGCAACGUGCAGAGUUAUACUGCUUGGUCUUUUAUGGAUAACUACGAAUGGAGUGAUGGUUACACGUUGCGUUUCGGAAUGUUCUACGUCGAUUUUGAAGAUCCAAAAAGAAAAAGAACUCCAAAGGAUUCAGCAUAUGUUUAUCAAAAUAUUAUUAAUAGGAGAUAUCUUUAAGUCAAUUUAUUUAUUGUCAAUCUAGUAACUUUGUGUCAAUUUUGUGUCUAAUAUGACAUAUUAAAUUUGCCCACCACAGUA